AUGGAAAAAGAAUCCCAAAAUUCCCUCAUCCAAGUUAAAGGAAUUCCCACUCAUGGCGGAAAAUACAAUCAGUACAACAUCCUCGGCAAUCUAUUUGAAAUCCCUUCCAAAUACAUCCCUCCCGUCAUCCCCGUUGGUCGUGGCGCUUAUGGCCUCGUUUGCUGUGCGACGAAUGCUGAAACUAAGGAAGAAGUGGCUAUAAAGAAAAUUGGGAGUGCAUUUGAUAAUAGAAUUGAUGCUAAAAGGACUUUGCGUGAAAUUAAGCUUCUUACUCAUAUGGACCAUGAGAAUAUUAUUAAAAUAAAAGAUAUUAUACGGCCACCAGAGAAAGAGAAAUUCAAUGAUGUUUAUAUUGUGUAUGAAUUGAUGGAUACGGAUCUGCAUCAGAUUAUACAGUCAUCCCAGGAACUCAGUGAGGAUCACUGCCAAUAUUUCCUUUAUCAGCUACUGCGUGGACUAAAAUACAUACAUUCUGCUAAUGUUCUGCAUCGAGAUCUGAAACCCAGUAAUCUGCUUCUAGAUGCAAACUGUGAUCUCAAGAUAUGUGACUUUGGGCUUGCAAGAAGUACCUCUGAGACAGAUUUCAUGACAGAGUAUGUUGUAACACGAUGGUAUCGAGCUCCUGAGUUAUUACUUAAUUGUUCAGAAUAUACUGCAGCAAUAGAUGUUUGGUCAGUCGGUUGCAUCUUAAUGGAGAUUAUUAAAAGAGAGACUCUUUUUCCUGGCAAAGACUAUGUUCAUCAAUUGGGGCUUAUAACUGAGCUAUUAGGAUCACCAGAUGAUUCUGAUCUUGGAUUUCUAAGGAGUGAGAAUGCUCGUCGGUAUGUCAUGCAGCUUCCCCAAUUUCCCAAGCAGCCAUUCUCUCAAAAAUUUCCAGAUGUAUCCCCAGUAGCUAUUGAUCUUGCAGAGAGAAUGCUUGUGUUUGAUCCAGCAAAACGUAUUACUGUUGAAGAAGCACUGAACCAUCCUUUUCUCUCGAGUCUGCAUGAGAUCAACGAGGAGCCAACUUGUUCAUCUCCUUUCAUGUUUGAUUUUGAACAAUCAAACCUGAGUGAAGACGACAUAAAAGAGCUAAUAUGGAAGGAAUCUCUAAACUUCAACCCGGAAUAA